AUGCCUACCGCAACAGAGCGCAUUCACGCCCUGAACCCCUUCUCCAAGAAGGAGUCUCAUACUGCCGCCUCCAUCACCACCUACAAGGUCUUGACUAUUCUGAGUUGGCUCUUGGCUUUCGUCGUCACUCUCUACUACACGGUCAAUGAGCCCCACGAUGGCUUCACAAUUCGGAAAAGAAUUUGGGACCAGAACUACCUCUACCGCACUGCCUUCACUCUGAACUCCACAAUCAUCGACAUAUACUGGGUCGUUCUCUUCAUCCUCCAAAUCGGCUACGUCGGACACCUCUUCUCGAGCAACAGCGACUAUGUCAACGCCGCCGCCAGCGUCGGAUCGCACUUCAUCUUCAACAACCUCCUGCACUUCGCCUUUGUCAUGUUGUUCGUGCGCUCCCACUUCGGCUGGGCUGAGUUCAUCCUGAUCGUCAACUUCGCCAAUCUGUCGUCUCUUUACUUCCGCCACAACACGUACCCUCGCUUCAUCCACUGGCCUGUCGUUUCCGCUCCUCUGGCCUGGACGUUCGUGGCUAUCUACUGGAACGGCGCCAUCAUGGUUCCCCACCCCCACAACCUGGUUGCUCGCAUCUUUGGCAACAUCUUCAUCUGGUCCAUUCUGGUUUACGGAGGUUUCUUCAUCGUCACCUACAAGGAUUACACCAUGGGCUUUUCUCUCAGCGUCCUGUCCGCCGCCAUUGGCGUUGCACAGUUCGGCCGCCAAAUCAUUGCCUUUCAGUGGAUCUUUGCUUUCACCAUCAUGGCCGUGCUGUUCGUCUCGACUCUCGUAAUUGCCUACCCGGCUGCGACUGGCAAAGACUACCCGUGGAGGAGCCGCACUGCCGACUCGGAGCGCGCUCCCCUUCUUGCAGAUGACCAGUAA